ACAGGAGACCAGGUGUUGUUCCUGGACACAGCGAUACAGUUCACUUCCCUGGGACAGCAGAUUCUCCAUUCUGCUUUAGAUACUGUGUUUCUAUAGCUCUUUCAACCACUGCCUGGAGUGGCUGCUGUAACUCACUUGAAGAAUGCUUUGGAAGGCUACAGCUGGGAGGAAAAAAUGUUUGGCUUUCAUAAACCGAAGAUGUACCGGAGUAUAGAGGGCUGCUGUAUUUGCAGAGCUAAAUCUUCCAGUUCCCGUUUCACUGACAGUAAACGCUACGAAAAGGAUUUUCAGAACUGUUUUGGGCUCCACGAGGCCCGCUCAGGAGACAUUUGCAAUGCAUGUGUGCUUUUGGUGAAAAGGUGGAAAAAAUUGCCAGCAGGAUCCAAAAAAAACUGGAAUCAUGUGGUAGAUGCCAGGGCUGGACCCAGUCUGAAAACAACACUGAAACCAAAGAAAAUGAAAACUCUCUCUGGAAGCAGGAUAAAGAGCAAUCAAAUCAGCAAGCUGCAAAAGGAAUUCAAGCGGCACAACUCUGAUGCCCACAGCACCACUUCAAGUGCCUCCCCAGCUCAGUCACCCUGCUACAGUAACCAGUCUGAUGAGGGCUCUGACAUGGAGAUGAGUGCUGGGUCCAGCAGAACACCAGUUUUCUCCUUUCUAGAUCUCACAUACUGGAAAAGGCAAAAGGUCUGCUGUGGAAUUAUUUACAAAGGGCGUUUUGGGGAAGUCCUCAUAGACACUCAUCUCUUCAAACCUUGCUGUAGCAAUAAAAAGUCUGUCACUGAGAAGCCAGAACAAGAAGGACCACAGUCUCCAGCAAUCUCCACCCAAGAAGAGUGGUGACUUCUUUGGAGAGCUGGGGAAGGUUAUACAGAUCCUCUUAUUCUCUGGAAAAAUACUAGAAAAGUGACUGUUCACAUUGGACACCUGCUAUGCUGCCAAAAGACUAUUCCCUAGAACUGUUUUGGGUUUUACUGCUACAAUUCCGCAAACUCUGAAGCCAGUUUGUAUCCUUUCAGAAAGACUGUACAUAAUAUUUAAGAUGCUACGGAACACUUAGCAAAGCUGAAUGCUGCUGCAAGGUUGUCCCUCUAAUCCUACCCCUCCCCCCCCUUGACAAAUGAACCUGAGGAUGGGGUUUUUUAUAUUAAAGUAUAUGUAGUUCAUAUUUCUGUAUUGAGAGAAGCAGUGGUUGUAAGGCAUUUUUUUUUUUAAGGUUGGCUGGUAACCUCCCUUGAAUUCUGAAGAAAAUACUUCAUUCUUAGACAUGUAUGAAUCAAUAAGAUAAACUAAUGCACAGAAAUGUUAUAAGUCACCUCUCUAGUUAUAGAAAUAUAUAUUUUUAAAGGUGUGGAGAUCUCACCCUAUACUACUGACACUGUAACAAGGACAAAUAUUUCAUCCCUCCUAUGUGACACAGACUGUUAGUUGCAGGCAUCUCUACUGUCAGUGACAGUUACCUGAGAAAGCCUCCCAGCAUAAGAUCCUUUUAGGAAGGGGUAGGAGUGCUCCCUGCCUUAGCUCAGGAGGAAGAUUUGCCUAAGAAUCGAACAUGGUGAAAUGGGAGGCUGUUUUUGUUUUAACCUAGCAGCAGACACUCGACUUGAUGCAGUAACUGACUGGUAAUUAGAGGUGGACCAAGAAAACAACCCGAUGCCCAGGUUAGGUAUAGAUGAUGGCCUGAAUAACUGCUUUCUGUAGGCUCAGCGCAGCUCAGAUGUGACCACAGACCAGACUUCUUGCUGGUUUCAGACCUGACACAGAACCAAGCCCCUUGCUAAGCUACAGUCAGGCUCUGGUCCAAGGACGCAAUUGUAUUCCAGCCUGGGGCUUGGAUUCAUGAUGCCUGUUUUGGAGCUCUUUCCCUGCAGCACUUUGUUGUUAAGUGACCAGCAGAUCGAGGCUUUUAUGCAAAUAUGAAGACUUCUGUUAGGAAUGGUGCUGUGCUGAAUAGAGGCAGCUGUUUGCAUACGUGAUCAAAACAUAUUUUCUACACAAAUUCCCAAUUAAAGUUGUGUGCAAACUGUUGCAAUGCUCCUUCAAACUCCACUUUGCCUUUAGGGUGAAAGCAGCUUCCCUGGAAGUGUGUGCUACAGUUGUAGCUCCCAGUUGAUUCACAUUCCUUUUAUGAAGGUUUAAGUUGUUUAACUUGGGAAUUAUACUUUUUUUUGUUGUUGUUUUGGGGGAGGGAGGGAUGGGAUUUUCUUGUUAUUAUUCUCUUGGGAUAUUCUGCAAUGAAUUGCUACAAGCUUUCCUUUUUCUGUGAGUCAUCAGCAUAAUACUUUGGUGGGUAGGGCUUAGGACUGGAUUUCCAUGUAAUCUCACUUCCUGAAAUGGAAAUGGUUAGCAAGUGAAAAUAUAGUUAGGGAAAGAUAUGCAGGUUUUAAGAGGAGCCUCCACCCUCAACACUGUUUUUUUUCUUUUUCUGCCUUCUGUUGGAUAGGCCAGCCUCUGGGGAGAACAUCAGAGGAAAGGCUUUGACUUAUCACAGCCUUACAGCUUAUAGCUUUCAUUGAUUUUACUUUGUUUUUCCUAUACUCUGAGAUUCUGCAGGGAGGACAAAGCUAAGUACCUUGCUUUCAUCUGCAACCAAAUAAAUGGAUUCUUGCUUGUAUAACUGCUUAACUAGGUUGGUCAUGUCUAAUAAGGGCUUGAGUAAGAGUCCUAGCUAUUUUUGCAGACACCUGCUUCUAUUGGAGUUUUUGUUUUCAGCAUCAAUAAUUCUGUACACCUAAGGCUGCAGUAUUGGUGGUAGGAUGUGCUCUGAUAUGGAUCAUCUCUUCUGUAUUUAUUUAUUUAUUGCUAGAUUUCAACCGCCGACUGCUUCCCCUACUCCCUCCCACCUCUUCCAUUCCCAGUAGUAAUGCAAAAUGAACUGUAUGUAGUCAUGCACUUUGUAUUAAUGUAUUAGAAAUCUAUGGAACCUGUUUUUUACUUUUAUACUAUUCAGACACUUGUAAUCCGAACUUUUUUACUAGGGUAAUAAAUAAAUUUAGAGUUAUUUAGAAAAUAAA